AAGUUCAGGGCGUGGAGAAGAAUGAAAAGAAAGAAAAAUAUACUGCCUUUGUGGCCCUCCUUUUGAGGAUAUAUGAAUUUAAACAUCUCAUUUUUAUAAGAACUCUUCUUGGAGGACUUGAAGAAAUAUAG